GCACGCCAAGCGGGCGCAUUCGAGAUAGCCAGCCCGCCAUGAGCCAGGGCGGCCAAGAUGCGAAGCUCUUUGCGAGGGUACGUCCUCCCCUCUUCUGUUCACGCCCCGGCCCGCGCCCGAUAGCCCGCGCUCACAGUGCCUCCGCACACCACAGGGCAAAGUAGCGGAGCUGCGCCUCGAGCUGAACAGCGGCGGCAAAAAGGACAAGAACUUUGCCGCCAAGAAGACGGCGCUGAAGAAGAUUGUCGCCAACAUGACCAUGAGCAACAACGACAUGGUCGCCCUGUUCCCGGACAUUGUCGGCUGCAUGCACAUUCCGAGUCUGGAGAUCAAGAAGAUGUGCUUCCUGUAUCUGGUCAACUAUGCCCGCAUAAAACCCGACAUUGCCCUCAAGGCGCUGCCCAUUAUCCAGGAGGACAUGCACGACAAUAACCCGCUGGUGCGGGCGCUUGCCCUGCGCACCAUGUCCUACGUCCACGUCCGCGAGUACGUCGAGGCCACGGUGCCGCACCUCAAGAACCUUCUGCGCGACUCGGACCCCUACGUGCGCAAGACAGCCGCCUUCUGCGUCGCCAAGCUCUACGACCACGACCGACACCUGGUCGAGGCCUCGGACCUGAUCGACAAGCUGAACGGCAUGCUGCGCGACGAGAACCCCACCGUCGUGUCCAGCGCACUGGCCGGCCUGAUGGACAUUUGGGAGAGGAGCGAGAACAUCAAGCUCACCAUCGACUAUGCGAGUGCCUCCAAGAUUGUCUCCAUCCUGGCAGACUGCUCAGAGUGGGGCCAGACGUACAUCAUGGAAGCCAUGAUGAACUACGUUCCCCAAGAAUCGUCUGAAGCCGCCCUGCUCGCCGAGCGCAUAUCGCCGCGUCUGUCGCACACCAACUCCGCCGUGGUGCUGACUUGCAUCCGUGUGAUUCUGUACCUAAUGAACUACAUCUCCGACCACAAGGUCAUUGCAUCUUUGUGCAACAAGCUCUCGCCGCCCCUCGUCACGCUUCUUUCCAAGGGCCCCGAGAUCCAGUACCUUGCUCUUCGCAACGCCCUGCUUAUCCUGCAGCGGCGGCCAGAGGUGCUGCGCAACGAUAUUCGCGUCUUCUUCUGCAAGUACAACGACCCCAUCUACGUCAAGGUCACCAAGCUCGAGCUCAUCUUCAUGUUGGCAACGGAGAGGAACAUCAAGGAGGUGCUGACAGAGCUUGCAGAGUACGCCACCGAGAUCGAUGUCGACUUUGUGCGCAAGUCGGUGCGCGCCAUUGGCAAGCUGGCCAUCAAGAUUGCACCUGCAGCGCAACUGUGCAUCAGCACCCUCCUCUCGCUUGUCAGCACAAAGGUCUCGUACAUUGUACAGGAGGCUACGGUGGUCAUCCGCAACAUCUUCCGAAAGUACCCCAACCAGUACGAGUCGAUCAUCUCAACACUGUGCGAGAAUCUCGACUCGCUCGACGAGCCAGAGGCCAAGGCUGCCAUGAUCUGGGUCAUUGGCCAGUACGCCGACCGCAUCGAAGACUCCGAUGUCCUCCUCGAAGACUUUCUCGACUCGUUCCAGGAGGAAACACACGAAGUGCAACUCGCCCUUCUUACAGCCACAGUGAAGCUGUUCAUCCAGCGACCGACAAAAGGCUCCGCAUUAGUACCCAGGGUGCUGAAGUGGGCAACAGAAGAGACCGACAACCCAGAUCUGCGAGAUCGAGGGUACAUGUACUGGCGGUUGUUGUCAUCUGCGCCCGAGGAGGCGAAAAAGGUCGUCAUGGGCGAGAAGCCUGCCAUCACGGCCGAGGAGUCGGAGAAGCUCGACCCUGGGACGCUUGAAGAAAUGUGCCUCAACGUGGGCACGCUCGCAACCGUGUACCUAAAGCCAGUCAACCAGGUCUUCAGAAGCGCUCGUCCUCGCAAAAUAGUCGACUCUCCCGCACUGCAGCGGCACGAAUUGCCAACUGUCAAAGCCGCGGAGCUAGCACGCCAGCGCGCCGCAGCGGACCGUUCACGCAUCGACACGGCACCCAACGGCAACGGCCAACUCUCGCCGAUGAACGGCAACAUGUCAGCUGCAGUAAGCGACGCCGAUAUGUACUUUGCCAACGUUGGCCGACAAAGUACGUUUGGUGGAUCACCUAUCGCAGAAGACCAUGCUGGGAUGGGUGGUGGCUGGGUCGUGAACCAGAACGCGCCCCAGUCGCUUGUAAUGAGCUCGGGAGGAGCAGACGGGAAUCAGGAUCUGUUACUGUGAGUGCGGUGGCUGAAGAGCUGCUAAUGUAGGUAUAUACACCAAAUCCGAUAUCUAAUGUUGACGGGCUGUUGCUCCGUUCUCGCAAACGUAGCGUGACGUCACACCUGCACAUACCCAGUUACAGAUUCAACGAACUCACGCAUCCGUGAAGAAAGACGGAGGAUCAAACAACGUCGAUGCCAUUGCCGACCUCGAUGACAGCCUCUCUCCUCGAUGACAACCUCUCUCCUCGAUGACAACCUCUCUCCUCCAUCCGCCCGUGACAACAACCUCGGUGAUUCCAUUUCAACUGCCGUGGGCCGCAACCCAGAGCACCGCUACCCCAUUACUGCGAUAAGGUAUCUUAUCCCCG